AUGAUGAAGCUCCCUCCUGCCCCACCAGAGGCUGCGGUCAAGUUCUGCUCCUACGUGACCGCCUCCCCCACGCCCUUCCACGCCACAGCCAACCUCGUCACCCGCCUCUCAUCCUCUGGCUUCACGCGCAUCUCGGAGCGCCAGCCCUCUGAUGCCCCACUCACCGCCGGCGGGAAAUACUUUUAUACGCGCAACCAAUCUUCCCUUGUCGCAUUCACCCUCCCCCCGAAACCCUCCGCCUCCACAGCCAUCUCCUUCGCUGUAGGACACCUCGACUCGUGCGCCCUGAAACUCCGGCCAAUCUCCAAGAAGACAAAAGGCGGAUACCUCCAGGUCGGGGUGGAGCUGUACGGCGGUGGGAUCUGGGCCACAUGGUUUGACCGAGACUUGUCCCUAGCGGGCCGGGUCAUCGUGAGCACCCCGAACGAGGAGAAGGGGUACACUUCCAAACUCGUCAAGGUCGAUCGACCGAUGAUGCGGAUCCCGAACCUCGCGAUCCAUCUGGACCGGACCGUCAAUGAGAACUUCAAGUUCAACAAGGAGACGGAGUUUAUGCCGAUUUUGGGAUUGGUAGAGGAGGCGAUGAAUGCUCCGGCGGAGAAGGGCGAGAAGGACGGCAAGGACGUCACGGGUCAAGGAGAGAAACACCACCCGAUGCUGUUGGCGGUGAUUGCGGAUGAGCUUGGAUGUGCCGUCGGUGAUAUUCAGGACUUUGAGCUGUCCCUGUACGAUACCCAGCCUUCAUGCGUCGGCGGUCUGUCCAACGAAUUCAUCUUCUCCCCCCGGAUCGAUAACCUCAUGACCUGCUUCGCGUCCAUCGAGGGUUUGAUCGGCGCCGUCAACUCGCCCGAUGCGGACAAGGAGACCAACAUCCGCUGUGUCAUUCUGUUCGACAAUGAGGAGGUCGGGAGUGUCUCGCACCACGGCGCAGAGUCCAACCUCCUCCCGGCGUUCGUACAGCGCAUGGUCACCCUCAAAGACUACGAGAACCUCGGCUAUCAUCAGCUCUUGGCAAACUCGUUCCUGAUUUCGGCCGAUAUGGGCCACGCCUUCCACCCCAAUUACGAGUCACGGUACGAGCCCAAUCUCGCCCCGCGGAUGAAUCAGGGUGUCGUGAUCAAGACGAACGCGAACCAGCGAUACACCUCCACCGCGCAGACGACCUUCUUGGUUCGGCGCGUAGCGAAGAAGGCGGGGGUCCCGCUUCAAGAGUUUGAGAUCAGAAACGACUCUUCCUGCGGCUCCACCGUCGGCCCCCACCUCUCCACACACGUCCGUACGGUCGACAUUGGUCUCGCCCAGCUCUCGAUGCACUCGAUCCGCGAGACCUCGGGAUCCAAGGAUGUAGAGAGCUACAUCAAGCUGUUCGAGUCGUACUUUGACGGCUUUGGCGAGAUUGAUCGGGACUUGAAGGUGGACUAG